GAGGUCAUUGCUUCGUCUUGGCGGCAACAGCUCAAGCUUGCCGCGAACUAUUGCUCGGCUGCAGCGCUCCUCUCUGGAUCCUCCUCGUCACAUCCGCUCCUCCCUGCUGGCGACACGUUUCGCACCGCUGUGCAGCACUGCUCUACUUGUUUUCGUCGUUCUGCUUGCCGUGAUACCCCCCGCCCUGCACCCGCACCGCACCCAGAGCUCCCAACACUUUUACCUGUCCACCACGACAUCUGCCGCCAUGUCGCAGAACCUCAAGAAGCUGAUGCCCCAGGCGCAGGCGUCGCGCGCCGGGCCGUACACUUGCGAGGCGCCCGGCGUGCAGAAACCCGAGGGCGAGACAAUACCGCGUCGCAACCUGGCGGCCAAGGACGGGCUCCGGAUGACGCCGCAGGAGGGCGUCGACACGCUGUACGACGUGCUGCGCUACUCGGCGGCCAAGUUUGGCAACGCAAAGGCAGUCGGCUCGCGCAAGAUCGUCAACAUCCACGAGGAGACCAAGAAGAUCAAGAAGAUGGUCGACGGCGUCGAGCAGGAGGUCGACAAGAAGUGGCAGUACUUCGAGCUCAGCCCGUACAGCUACAAGAGCUUUGUCGAGUUCGAGCAGAUGGCCCUGACGGUCGGCUCAGCGCUGAACCACCUCGGCUACAAGCCCCACGACCGCCUGCACCUGUUCGCAGCCACGAGCAUGCAGUGGCUGGCGUCGGCCCACGGCGCCCUGUCGCAGUCGCUGGCCAUUGUCACCGCCUACGACACGCUCGGCGAGGAGGGUCUCACGCACAGCAUGCAGCAGACGCACGCCGGCAUCAUGUUCACCGACCCGGAGCUGCUGCCUCGCCUCGUGAAGCCCUUCCAGAAGACCAAGGACGUCAAGGUCGUCGUCUACAGCACCAAGAACGACGCCCAGCAGAAGGACAUCGACGCCCUCACCACCGCCCACCCCGACCUCAAGGUCCUCAGCUUCGACCAGCUGCUGAGUCUCGGCAACGACAACCCGGCCCAGCCCAUCCCCCCCAAGGCCGACGACCUCGCCUGCAUCAUGUACACGUCUGGAUCCACUGGCACACCCAAGGGCGUCAUGAUCAAGCACCACAACGUUGUUGCUGCCGUUGCUGGCGUCGACGUCAUCGUUGGCAAGUACCUCGGCCCCGGCGACGUCCUCAUCACCUACCUCCCCGCGGCGCACAUCCUCGAGUUCGUCUUCGAAAACGCUGUCCUCUACUGGGGCGGCACCAUGGGAUACGGCACCAUCCGCACCCUCUCCGACAACUCCGUGCGCAACUGCGCCGGUGAUAUCCGCGAACUGAAGCCCACCGUCAUGGUCGGUGUGCCCCAGGUCUGGGAGACAAUCAAGAAGGGCAUCAUCAGCAAGGUCGAGUCUGGCGGCGCAGUCAAGAGCAAGAUGUUCUGGGGCGCUUUCGCAGCGAAGAACUUCCUGCUGGGCUCCGGUCUGCCCGGUAGCAACGUGCUUGACGCCAUCGUCUUCAACAAGGUCAAGGAGGCCACAGGUGGCAGGCUGCGUAUUUGCCUGAACGGCGGUGGUCCCAUCGCCAAGGAGACUCAGCGCUUCAUCUCCAUUGCCAUCACCCCCAUGAUCUCCGGUUACGGUCUCACCGAGACCUGUGCCAUGGGUGCUCUCAUGGACCCGCAAGCCUGGACCGACAAGGCGCUCGGCGAGAUGCCCGCCUCCGUCGAGAUGAAGCUCGUCGACUUCGCCGACGCGGGCUACUACUCCACCAACAAGCCGCCUCAGGGCGAGAUCUGGAUCCGCGGCGGAGGCGUGGUGGCGGGCUACUUGGACAUGCCCGAAGAGACCGCCGAGUCGUUCACAGACGAUGGCUGGUUCAAGACAGGUGACAUUGGCGAGUUCGAUGCGCAGGGCCAAAUCCGCAUCAUCGACCGCAAGAAGAAUCUCGUCAAGACACUGGCCGGCGAGUACAUCGCGCUUGAGAAACUCGAGUCCGUGUACCGCUCAGCUCCUAUUGUGCAGAACAUCUGUGUCUACGCCGCCGAAGACCGCCAGAAGCCUAUCGCUAUCAUUGUCCCUGCGGAGCCUGCGCUCAAGAAAUUGGCUGCUGAGAAUGGCGUCAAGGGCGACCAUCUCGAGGAGCUAGUGCACGACAAGAAGAUCAAUAGUGCGGUAUUGAAGCAGCUACAGUCUGCGGGCCAGAAGGGUGGGCUCGCAGGGUUCGAGAUGAUCGAGGGUGUUGUGCUGGCGGAUGAGGAGUGGACACCGCAGAACGGCCUUACCACCGCUGCGCAGAAGCUCAACCGCAAGGGCAUCUUGAAGCAGUACGAGAAGGAGGUCGAUCGCGCCUACGGCCGCUCGUAGAGUGCGAGUAGAGACCCCCUCCUAACACCUCCGCUCCGAGCAGCAAUCCAUCAGCAACAACGAUUAGGGGAAAGAAAAAAAUGGCGGCUUGGUGCACCUUUAUGAUAAUGACAGUUCUGCGCGAUGUGUUUGACUUGCUGUA